GCCUCGUCGUCAGCAGCGGCAGCGGAGUCUCUCUGUCACACACACCUCGAUCGGCGGGACGGGGCGGCGGGCGCCAUGGGCCGGGUCCCGUGCUGCGAGAAGGACAACGUGAAGCGCGGGCAGUGGACGCCCGAGGAGGACAACAAGCUGCUCACCUACAUCACGCAGUACGGCACGCGCAACUGGCGCCUCAUCCCCAAGAACGCCGGGUUGCAGCGGUGCGGGAAGAGCUGCCGGCUGCGGUGGACCAACUACCUCCGGCCCGACCUCAAGCACGGCGAGUUCACCGACGCCGAGGAGCAGACCAUCAUCAAGCUCCACUCCGUCGUCGGCAACAGGUGGUCGGUGAUCGCGGCGCAGCUGCCGGGGAGGACGGACAACGACGUGAAGAACCACUGGAACACGAAGCUGAAGAAGAAACUGUCCGGGAUGGGCAUCGACCCCGUCACGCACAAGUCGUUCUCGCACCUCAUGGCCGAGAUCGCCACCACGCUGGCGCCGCCGCAGGUCGCGCACCUCGCCGAGGCCGCCCUGGGGUGCUUCAAGGACGAGAUGCUCCACCUCCUCACCAAGAAGCGCCCCUCCGACUUCCCCUCGCCCGCCGUGCCCGACGUCAUGGCGGCCGGCGCCAGCGCGUCCGCGCUCGCCGCGCCAUGCUUCCCCUCCGCGCCACCUCAGGCCACCGACGACACCAUCGAGCGCAUCAAGCUGGGCCUGUCCCGCGCCAUCAUGAGCGAGCCCGCCGCCGCCGCUCCAGCAGAGGACAAGCCGUGGCCGCCCGGCGACUUGCCCGAGGGGCUCGCCGGGAUGUACGCCACGUACAAUUCGGCGCACGCGCAGGCCGAGUUCCGGUACGACGGAGCUGCGGCGCCUGGCUACGUCCUCGGCGGCGAGGGCGACCAGGGCACGUCGAUGUGGAGCCACCAGAGUCUGUACAGCGUGAGCUCCGGCACCGAGGAGGCCAGGCGGGCAUUGCCGGAGAAAGGCAACGACAGCGUCGGCAGCAGCGGCGGCGACGACGACGCGGACGACGGCAAGGACAGCGGGAAGGGAGGAGCCUCCGACAUGUCGGGCCUGUUUGCCUCCGACUGCGUGCUCUGGGACUUGCCCGACGAGCUCACGAAUCACAUGGUCUAAGCUAGCUAAAACGCGCGAAAUUUGGCACGACCAAGCACGCCAUGAUCAAGAACAGCGCUUGCAUUGCACGUGGAUAGAAUUGGACAUAGCGAAAAAUUGAGACCAAUAAUAUUUACUGAAAGAGCGACAGAAAACUAGAGUACAUACAUUACAUCCCUGGCCAGAAAAACGGGGAAACUUUUGUUUGGAAAAGAGAAAAAAAAAUGUGAAGUGUGAAUAGUUUUACCGAGAAGUACUGAUUGAGCCGGAGGCCAAGGUAUUUCUCCAGUCCUCUGCUUCAGUCAGACUCCAUGACCAAUGAAAAAUUCAGGUUAGU